GCUUCUUCCCUCUCUGAUGGGGUUCCCUUUGGCCUCCCAUCAUUUUUCAAUUUAUUCCCUUUAGAUAUAGCUAAUUACGUUUUUUUAUCUUCCUUUUUAAAGAAACAUAGAAGUUAGUCUUCAAUGUUCAUUCUAUUAUUCUCGGAGUGACCCCACCCCGGCCCAGGUGCAACCCCAAUCCCAGAUCUCUCCCGCCCAUCAGCGGGAUAUUAAUGGUAUGAUUUCAUUAAAUUCUGGAAUGCAGUUAUUUUGUUUGGAGAUUUGUAGGAAUCUUUCUACUUAGAAUGUUUUGCAGGUGGUAGCAAUUCUGAUUCUAUCAGAGAUGUAAAUGUGGUGAGCGUCCUUCCUGGAUGCUCCACUCCGUCCACUGUUGAUUCAAUUGCUAUGCAGAUGAUUAGUGAACGUCAGUUGAAGGAUCAUGCUUUGAUAAAUGCCAGAAAUAGGUCCCAUGAAGAUCUACCUUUAGAUUAUGAAUGUGGGCUGGAUAGCAUGGCUAUGAACUCAUCAAUAUUUGAGUUUCAGAAGGCUGAACGGGCUCCUCAAAGAGUUCCUCUUGCUCCAUUCUCCAAACCAGCACCAUCCAAAUGGGAUGAUGCCCAAAAGUGGAUAGCAAGCCCUACUGCAACCAGGCCAAAGAUGGGGCAGGCACAACCACAAGGUGGACUGGGGCUUGGAUUAAGAAAGGUUGGAAACUUUGGUUAUUUCCAACAGUCAUCGACUAAGGUUGUUGUUGAAGUUUCAGAUCGUAGAGUGGUUGCUUCUGAUGAACCAGAUACAAAGCGCAUUGAUAUAAGUCAAACUAAGAAAGAUAGCCCAAUGCAAAAGCUUGUCAGUUGGGAGGCUGUUCCAUAUCCUAUUGCAGAUUCAUAUGUUAGUCUUAGUCAGCAUGAUUCAUCAAAGGCUAUACAGAGUGCAACUGCAUUUAUUCCACCUCCUUCAACAGCUAGAUCAGUAUCAAUGAGAGAUAUGGGGACAGAAAUGACUCCUAUUGCUAGCCAAGAACCCUCGAGGACAGGGACUCCAGUGCGAUCAACAACACCAAUUCGCAGCCCAAAUUCAUCUAGGCCAUCAACUCCUAGAAGAGACACACCUGCUUCAGCUCUAUCAAAUGUACCUGAUGAGUGCAGUGAUGUGAACAAGGAAUUGUCUGAAAAGCAGCUGCAAAUGAAGACAAGGAGAGAAAUUAUGGCUCUUGGUACCAAGCUUGGUAAGACAAACAUUGCUGCCUGGGCUAGCAAAGAGGAUGAGGAUAAGGAUGCUUCUACUUCACUGAAAACUGUAGGAGCUGAACAACCAACUAAAACUGUCAUUGAAACUCGUGCUGUGGCUUGGGAAGAAGCAGAGAAAGCCAAAUAUAUGGCAAGGUUCAAACGUGAAGAGAUGAAAAUUCAAGCAUGGGAGAAUCACCAAAAAGCAAAAACAGAAGCUGAGAUGAGGAAAAUUGAGGUAGAUGUUGAAAGGAUGAGGGGGCAGGCACAUGAUAAGCUCAUGAACAAACUUGCUGCUGCAAGACACAGGGCUGAAGAGAAACGAGCAGCAGCAGAAGCCAAGAGAAGCAGGCAAGCAGCAAAAACAGAGCAGCAAGCAGAGUACAUUCGAAGAACUGGCCGCAUUCCUUCAUUUUUUUGCUGCUGGAAUUGGUGCUCUUAAAGUACAAGUUAUGUCUAGGGAAAAAAGCUUUAUCUCAUAUUUCCUUCUUCUUCUUUCCUCUUUUUACUUUUUUUCUUUUCUUUUUUGUUGUCGAGAUAUAUGUGCCUAUUGGAAACUAAGCUGUUGCUGUAAUUCUGAUCAAUUUAAUCAAUUCAAAGCUGAAAU